AUGUCCCAACCAGCCGAGGGACAGGCACCGGCCUCCCUCUGGACGAGAUCCCUCCUUUCCGGUGCCGUCGCCGGUCUUACCGUUGAUUGCUCCCUCUACCCCCUCGACACCAUCAAAACCCGACUCCAAAAAGCACGCGACCACACCGCACCGCAAACCUCCCGACUCACACUGCGCCAGACAGUCCGCGGAAUCUACGCAGGCCUACCAUCCGUCCUCUUCGGCUCCGCCCCCUCCGCCGCAUCCUUCUUCAUCGUCUACGACGGCGUCAAGCGCUCCCUCCUCCCCUCCCCAGACUCCGCACCCGCUUCCCGCACCCACAUCAUCUUCACCCACUCAAUCGCCUCCUCCCUCGGCGAAAUCGCCGCCUGUGCCGUCCGCGUCCCAACAGAAGUCAUCAAGCAACGCGCUCAAGCCGGUCUAUUCGGCGGCUCGAGUCGUCUCGCCCUAAAGGACAUCCUUUCCCUCCGCCACGCCACAACCCCGACAAUCCCCGCCGCAGGCACAAAUGCCAUCAUCCCCGGCUCCAGCCCGAGCUCCCCACCCCGAGCCUCGAAGGGCGGAUACGGCCAAGUCUUCCGGGAACUGUACCGCGGCGCGGGAAUCACGAUCGCGCGCGAAAUCCCCUUCACGGUCCUCCAAUUCACGAUGUGGGAGACCAUGAAGGAGAACUACGCUCAGCGGUAUCUCCGGCAAAAGGACGCCGUCACGGGUAUGAUGAAGCAGGAGCAAAUCCCCGCUUCGACUAGUGCGAUGUUUGGCAGUGUCGCUGGUGCGAUUGCGGCGGGAUUGACUACGCCGCUUGACGUUAUUAAGACCCGGGUGAUGCUUGCCCGGCGUGGUGAUGGUGGCUUUGACGGGCCGAUUCGGGUUAAGGAUAUUGUGAGGGGCAUUGCGCAGGAGGGCUUUGGCGCUUUUUGGCGCGGGAUUGGGCCUCGUGUUGCUUGGAUUGGAAUUGGUGGGGCUGUUUUCUUGGGUAGUUAUCAGUGGGCUUGGAAUACCCUUGAGGGGAAGGGAUUGGAGCAGGAGAAAGAUGAGAAGCUGUGA